CGAAGGAGCUCACCUGCGGCCCAGUGGUGGAUGGAUCAUUGUUGUCUGCGAAAAGCACAGGAAAGUUGCCGCCCAUGCCGUGCCCUGUCACUCUUUGUAUUCUACACACGAAACUGGUCCCUUCACAAGAACCUCACGUCUUCGAACCAUAAAACCGACGUCGCUGUGCUGGAAGAGCCGGAGACGGCAACUGGAAUAGAAUCCCGGUUCUUCACCAACUUUUUUCCAGGUUUGAAUGAUGCCCGUUCGAGACUUUGGCAAUGGGCGUCUUCGCGUCGUACCACCCGGCCUGAGGACUAUCGCCUACUCACUUUUUGGGAUCUUUAAUCUUCACCUACCCGUUCUGUAUGGCGAAUCUGCUGAGGGCUCACUUGGCCGCCUCCUCGCCGAAAUUAUAUCGCGGUCUGGGAACAUCUCGGUUCUGGAUUGGAUCGGAGAAGUGUCACCAUUUCAUAGCUGUUUCCCUGCUCAUAUCACCUCAUUCCAAAUGCUACCAUUGCCUCCACCUCAACCUAACGCAGAUGAAAAAUCACUCACAGUGAGUUCGCAGCCCACGUCACCACUCGGAGUACCGCGAAAGUUGCGUGGCUCACUCACUACGUCGCGCCUUGCCGAGUUUCUCAGCCGUUCCCAGACACUGUCAGUCAUUGCCCAGCGUUUUCCGGCGAUCCCGCUGCACACUCCAGAUUCGUACGCACCAUGUGCCGUGUACGACUUCCACUCACUUCCUCAGGCGCCACUUCCGCUAUUUAUCAAUCGCCGCCUUAUACUACCAUGUAUCGCCCAUCGUGUUACAGAUAUUCAGCUGAAAGGGACCGAUAUAUCGGUACCGAGUUACACGUACAAGAUGCAGGCAUCUGGCCUGAGGCCACUUGAGAUCGCACUGCCAGACAAGCUGGAAAAUGCAACCAGGUUGCAAGGUGCUCUGCAGCUUGUUCGCCCUUUGCACUUGAAGCUGCUUGGUCCAUCCCUCGAGCUAGAUGCCGUGAGUGAAGAGCAGCUACUUUCUGCAUUGGAUAGGUCAUUUAAUGCUUUUCUCUUGACUCGAUUACCUCAUAACAAGCACAAAAGGAUCGCGCCUUCUACUCUCAUUACCUCUCGGCCCGUGAAUCGAGCCAGCAUUCUGAAAAGCAAAGCUAGUAUAUUCAAUUUCAUGUAGAUAGUCAUAGCGUCAUGAUAUUGACCCUUGUACAUACCCAGUUCACCUGCACAAGUACAAC